CAGCAGCGCGCGCCUAGCUUUGAAUGAGGGGCGCUCGGAGAGGGAAGCGGCUCUGGGUGCGGCAGCGCGCGGCCCUCUCGGCUCGAGCCGCCCUGCGCCCUCCAGAGCCCCCUUCCCUUCUGGGCAGGUCUGCCCUUUGCAUGGGAGAGGCCUUUCCCCAGGGAAGAUUUGUCCACUGCUGAGCCAACAUAUAAGCCCCAGAAGGCCAUGCAAAGUUUCUUGCCAUGGCCAUCACGCAGUUCCGGCUCUUUAAAAUUUGUACUUGCCUAGCAGCAGUGCUGUCCUUCAUUAAGAGGCUAAUAUGCAGGUCUGGAAGAGGACGAAAGUUAAGUGGAGACCAAAUAACUUUGCCAACUACAGUGGAUUAUUCAUCUGUUCCUAAACAGUCUGAAGUAGAAGAUUGGACAUCAUGGGAUGAAGAUGCACCAACCUGUGUGAAGAUUGAAGGUGGUAAUGGGAACGUGGCCACACAACAGAAUGCUUCAGAACAACUGGAGCCUGAUUAUUUUAAGGACAUGACGCCAACUAUAAGAAAAACACAGAAAAUUGUUAUUAAAAAAAGAGAUCCUUUAAAUUUUGGGAUCCCAGAUGGAAAUGCAGGAUUUUCUAGUAGAUUAGCAGCUACACAAGAUAUUCCUUUUAUUCACCAGUCUCCUGAAUUGGGAGACUUGGAUACCUGGCAGGAAAAUACUAAUGCCUGGGAAGAAGAGGAAGAUGCUGCCUGGCAGGCAGAAGAAGUUCUUAGACAGCAGAAGAUAGCAGAAAGGGAAAAGAGAGCAGCAGAACAACAAAGGAAGAAAAUGGAGAAAGAGGCACAAAGGCUAAUGAAAAAAGAGCAGAAUAAAAUUGGUGUAAAACUGUCCUAACACAAGCAGUUCUAAGAUGACUCAACCGGCAGGAAGGAGAAUCCCCAUCUUAUGACAUAAAGCAUCAUUUGUAUUGAUUCCAGUAUUUUUAGAACUCAACUCACUGCUUGAUUUUAAUGCAUUCUUCAGGCCAUCUUGGAAGCCAGAAAUCUCCCAUAAAGUAUCUUGAACUACUAGUAACCGGAUCUUAAAAAAUAAAACACCAACCCUACAAAUCAUACUUUGAUGGAACAAUAUUUCUUGCAAUAGCCCUGUCCCAGUACCCUCCUUAUACAAGAACAGUGAUUGCUGCAAGACAGUCUGAUAAUGGGGACAUAAACUCUAGCAGAUGGUUCAAACUUAAAGAAAAAAAGAGUGUAAAUAAUUCAGUGGUGGGAAAGCUACUGUAUUAUCUAUUAUGCUUACCUGGACUGUGUAAUUAAAUAAUUUUAAAGAA